AUGGCUGUGAACUUUAUCCAGAAGCGCUUCGCAUCCAGAUCGUGGCAAGAAUGGGCCUAUCAACUGUCCGGCUUUAACAAAUUGGGGCUCUGGCGAGACGAUCUGGUGAAUGAGCAGUGCGAGCCCAACGUGAAAGCGGCACUUGAACGAUUGCCAUCCAGAUUGGUGCAGGAGCGCAACUUUCGAAUUCUUCGCGCUGUCCAACUCACUAUCCAGAAGGAAAUUCUACCCAAAGACCAAUGGACCCAACUGAAAGACGACAAACUCUAUUUGACCCCGUAUUUGGAAGAGCUGGCUAAGGAACAACGCGAACAGGAUGAAUGGAACAAGAAGUAUUGA